AUGAAGUAUCUUCUGCUUCUGUCUCUCCUCAUAUGCCUUACAUUUAGUGUUGGGGGAAAGACCUUUGGACGCUGUGAAUUAGCCCAAUUGUUGAAGAAAGCUGGCUUGGAGGGAUAUCGUGGAUACAGUCUGGCUGAUUGGGUCUGCUUAGCCUUCUAUGAGAGCCACUUUGACUCGGCGCUUGUGGACCAUGAAGCUGAUGGCAGCACCAGCAAUGGCAUCUUCCAGAUCAACAGUCACCUUUGGUGCGAAGAUUACAAACACGGGAAACCAAACCUCUGCCAAAUGCAUUGCAGCGAUCUGCUGACAAGUAAUAUCAAGGAUGAUAUCGUCUGUGCCAUGCGGAUUGCACAAGGACCCAGAGGCCUGGGAUCUUGGAUGGGUUGGAGAGAAAAUUGUGAAGGUCUAGAGUUGUCUGCCUGGUUGAAAGGAUGCAAGGUAUGA